CAACAUUUCCCACCUCACUUGAACGAAAGAUCGACCGGAAUAAUUGCCUCACUACUUGUGGUGCGGUAUCUGUAAUUACUUCUUCACGUACCUUACCUUAGGUACGGGAGUGAGUCACCGAGGAAUCCACCAUGUCGCUGUGCGGGAGGUGCCGCCAAAUUCUGCAGGCAAUAGAGAUCAAAGUCGGCUCGCCCGCACCAGCAGCCCCCGGGCACCACCGCAGCGUGCUCGAAUACCUCGCCGCCGUCGACGCACGAUGCUACAUAUGCUGGAAGGCAUAUCGCGGCCUUGGCGCCAGUCUCCAAGAACACCUCCGGAGGCUAGAGGCAAGGCUCCGACGGUUGCAGCUGGACGGAAAUGUGGCGACAACCUGGUUCUCUUUGAUCAUCUUCUCGUCUAUCCAACAGCCGACCGGGCACACGCUUUCAAUAUGGGUGCGCGCGCUGGAGGACUAUGCCCUGGGUGUUUGCAGCGACGGCUUGCUCGACGACAGCUGGACCGCCGACGACGCGAAAGCCCUCCACGUCGAGAUCGGAACCGCUGCCAAUACUCAGGACUACACCCAGACGGUGCUGCUGUGCAUCGAGGACGAAAGAGCCAAACAAGCUGUCAAACAGCGCCUCCCCGCUUCCAGACGGACCGACUCCCCCGAAACCUUCGAGCUCAUCCAGCAGUGGCUCCGAGACUGCCUUGCCCACCACACAGCAUGUAAUAAUAGCCCAGAGAACAGGGACCACUGGCGCCCGACGAGGCUUCUCGAGAUUGGAGACGUGGACGGCGAGGGCGGGGUAUCUUCAUGCCGCCUGGUUGACGGCCGGGACGCAGCUCGCGACAGCCGGGGAUAUGUCACCUUGAGCCACCGCUGGGGCACAACGAACCUGCUCACACUAACAGCGGACAACUUGGUUUGCUUCCGGACCGGGCUGCCGCUGGAGUCCCUGUCGCGGGCCUUCCUCGAAGGCAUGCUGGUUGCUAGGCGCCUCGGCAUCCGCCACAUCUGGAUCGACUCGCUGUGCAUCGUGCAGUCCGGAGACGGCGGCCGGGACUGGCUGCACGAGUCGGCGCAGAUGCACCUCGUCUACCGUAGCGCGUUCUGCAACAUCAUGGCCGACUCGGCCACCGCCAGCCACGAUGGCCUCUUCUUCGACCGCGACCUGCGCCUGUUCGACCGGCUGUCCGUCGAUCUAGCCGUGGUCGAGACCAGUCCUUCCCCGUCCGGCAGCCUCCUCGUCCGCAAGCGGUUCGCCUCCGUCGAGCAGGGGCUCUGGGGCAACCACGUGUCGCGCUCGCCGCUCAACCGCCGCGGCUGGGUGCUGCAGGAGCGGCUGCUGUCGCGGCGGAACCUGCACUUCUGCGCCCGCGAGGUUUUCUGGGAGUGCCGCGAGCUGGCCUGCUGCGAGAGCGCUCCGGACCGCGACGCCCGCGCGCCGCACAGCGCGCACCUCGCCGUCCCCGACGACGAGCUGCACCUCAAGACGCUCCAGCCGCGGCUGGCGGCGGGCUCUGUUCCUAGCCCCACUGAAGGCGAUGGCGACAGCGGCGGCAUGCAACACUACAUGGCGUGGCGGGACAUUGUGCGGACGUAUUCCCGGGGCGAGCUGACGAAGGUGUCGGACAAGCUGAUGGCGCUGGGCGGCAUCGCGCGGCACAUGAAGGCGGUUCUCGGGGGCGACGACGUGUACGUCGCGGGCCUGUGGCUGCGCCAAAUCGCCGCCGAGGUGCUGUGGAUGCGCCUCGAUCCUCGCCACUGGGCCGACUGGCGGCUGUGGUCUCACGAGCAUCCCGCCCCAGAUGCUGGAGUUCUAGGUCUACCGAGCGACGCGGGCUAUUUUGACCGCUAUCAGGCGCCCAGCUUCUCGUGGGCCUCGGUCAACAAUCCCCACCACGGCGUCAUGCCUGGCGAUCCGCUGUCGAGGGGAAUCUUGGUCGAUGCGCGGUGCGUCAGGCUGCGGCCGCCCGAGGCUGCUGCUGGCGAUGUUUCUCACGACGGACCGCGCGGUUGGGAGGACGAGCCCAUCGUCGAAGACAUCUUCGGCCCCCUGUCGGCGCCGCCCGUCGAGCUCAAGGUCGUGGGCCGUGUAAUGCCAGCGAGACUAGUUCCAGUGCCAUCACCCGACGACGCAGACAGCGGCGACUGCUCUGUGCUCAGACUGCAGCCUCUCGGGUGUGACGAGCCGGCAGCCCACCAGCAGGACAAAACAUCCGCGGUGGUCAUGGUGUGCCUCGACCGCGCCGUGCCGCGCGCCGAAGCCGCCGCCUUUUGCCAGAAGAGGUACUACUUCGUCCCCUGGCAGGACGACCGGCCAGACGACAGCACGGGCACGGCGGCCAGCUUGCACGCGGCCUCUGUGGUCAGGUUCCGCUGUGUGGUGCUGGAGCUCGUCGACGCCGAGAUGGCGCGGUUCCGCCGCAUCGGCCUCUUCAUCAAGACGCGUAGUGUGUCUGACGACGUUUACUUAAGGUGUUGGGGCCGCGAGCGCGACGUGCCGAGCUGGGGGUUUGACGAGGCCACCGAAGAGCAUACUAUAUAUGUUGUUUGAAAACGGGCAGCGGUCUUGCAGUUUUCACGAUAUCCAUACUAGGCCUACUUACUUACGAUAAGCACUCAAAUUCUUUAUAUUUUGGUGCCUAAGUUUCAUAUCCCUAUGAUACUGUUGGAACAACGCGCUAGUCAGCCACAGAUGUGGCGGUGGAGGCGCAAACAGCCAUAUGUGGCUGUGGAGGCGCAGGGGCGCGGGGCCACCGAACGUAAAUAAGUGGCCGUAGGCCACUUCCACCUUCCUUCUUCGAUCUACAUAGACAUCAACGAAAUCCAACACUUGAACC